CUCAGCCUCCCUUCUCUUUUUGUGCACCGCAUCUGCCAACUCUUCUUGCAGACUCUGGAUCUCGUUCUUCUUUCCAUGCGCCUCCUCUAUUGUCUCAAGCUUCAUCCACCCAAAGUACGCCAACUGGUAUGUGAAGAGCGCGCCGAGGAAGCAUUUCAGUAUGGGUGCCGAAAAGGACUUGUAGAAGGCGCCAACUCUGGAGGGUUCUUUUGGUGGUUGCGGCGGAGGUGUCUGGGGCUCGAUGGAGAGAUUUCGUCGCGUGGUUCGUGUUAUCAUCUGACGGGCUGCGCUUUGGCGAACGAGUUGUGUUGCUCUGAUUGUAUUCAUCCUGGCGAUUGGGUGUUGGAUCCCGGUCCUUGCGUGUCGUUGCUUUUAGUCGAUUCAAUGGCUGAUCGAGAAUUGAAGUGCUGUUGGUCGGCGACAACGAAUUGAGUGCGUCGCGCUUUGAAUUGGAGGGUUGGUAUAGCGCUGAUGGAAGGGCGAAGCUCCAUCGCAACCACCGCAUCACCAAGCAAACCUCCGCCCGCACUCCGCACUAGCGCCGCGUCCGAGCUUCCUAAUUCCGUAAGGAACACCGUUGCAUCACUUGCGCAUCCCUAUAGCGCACUCGUUCCUUUACACAGUACUUCUUCCUUCACUCUUCUCUUCACCGCCCUCUCUCCGUCAAUCUUUCCCCAAAAACAAAACUUAACAACUCCCGUCGCAAUGGCCCAAACACCACAGCAGCGCCAGGCCAACAUGCGCUUUGCUAAGGCGCAGGAGAAGAAGAUGGGCAAGCCUGAGGGCCCUGUGGUCGUUAAGCCAAGGGGGCCGCAGAAGAGCCCCAUUAGCAAGGGCUGGAUCGUCCUGCUUGCUUUCGUUCUUUGCGGAGGUCUCCUUUUCGAGGUCAUCCGCAUGUUCUUCUAAACGCGAUUCCUUGCGCGCAACACACCGACAACGCUUUCGAACUCAAGAUCCCGCCGACGAGCCGAUACUGAGAUCACGUCUCGCGCGUGGUGGAGGUAUGGUGCUGGGAGACUGAACUACUGGGCGCGCUUCUCAAAAGCACUUUCUAUCUCUUUCGAUUGCAGCCUUUCAAUGCACACAUAGGGCGUGGCGUUUUGGCGUAUUAUAUCUCAGUGCAUAGAGCACGUUGGCCCUGGAUCGAGGUCGUACCAAUGGAAUUCGAAUUGACCCUCUACCACCUCAAUUACCACGUUCACAAGUGCAAGUGUCGGACCACGGUCAUUUAUUA